AUGGGAGUUCCAUUUGAGCUGCCUUCCUACAUCCAAUAUGCAGAGCCGACCAUUUCGAGACCGUUUGGUGUCUAUCUGUGGCCUAUCUUCGACCACUUCUUCACCAAGGUUGCCGGAUAUUCCGCAGAGGACUUCAGAUUCGUCAAGAAUGUCACGUUUAUGUCGAACUGGAUUCACGCCAUCUCUGUCAUCGUUGUUUACUACGCCGUGAUUUUUGGUGGGCAGUUCAUAAUGAACAAGCUUAAUAUCAGGCCCAUCAGACUCAACUGGCUGUUCCAGAUCCACAACGUUCUGUUGACAGUCAUUUCUUUUAUUCUGCUGGUCGUUCUUUUGGAACAGUUAAUCCCGAUGAUUUAUUUUAACGGACUUUUCUGGUCUAUCUGUGCUGAAGGCGCUUUCACCCACAAGCUCGUGACCUUGUACUACCUCAACUACCUUACCAAAUAUUUGGAGCUCAUCGAUACCGUCUUCUUGGUGCUCAGAAGAAAGCCGUUGAGAUUCCUUCACACCUACCACCACGGAGCCACAGCCCUGCUCUGCUACACUCAGCUGGUCGGGCACACCUCCGUCGAAUGGGUUCCAAUCUCUUUGAACCUGGCAGUGCAUGUCCUGAUGUACUGGUACUACUUCCUCGCGGCCCGUGGAAUCAAAGUCUGGUGGAAAGAGUGGGUUACCAGAUUCCAAAUCAUUCAGUUCUUGGUCGACUUGGUUUUUGUCUACUUUGCUACCUACUCUUUCUACGCAUACCACUUCUUUGGCGGUAUCCUCCCGUCCAUGGGUGACUGCUAUGGCACCCAGACUGCUGCUGCAUGCGGAUAUCUCCUGUUGACCUCUUACUUAUUCCUCUUUAUCAGUUUCUAUGUCCAGGCCUACAGAUCUGGCAACAAGAAAGCACAGGCUGCCAAGGCUCAGAAGGCUGCCCAAGCCGAAUCCGUCAAGCAAAAAUCCAGAAAGGCAUAA